AUGUAUAUUUUUUCUUUGUCUCUUUUAUUCUAUUCUUCCCAUUUUUCUCUCUCUCUCUUUUUAAUCUAUUUUCUUAAUCUUUCUUUUUCCUUGCAUCUCUCUUUCUUUGCUUCUAAUAUCUUUAUCACACUUUCAUUUUCCUUUCCUCUUUUCUUUUUGUCAUUCCCUCUUUCUCUAUCCAUAUCCUUCCCCUUUAUUUCUUUUGCCUCCAUCACCUUUACUUUUACUUUUUGCUCUCUCACUCUUCUCUUCACAUACUCACAUCAUCUUACUCUUUCUCUCUUUUCCCUCUAUCUCACACUUCUUUUUUCUACCAUUUUCAUUUUUGCCCACUUUCUUUUAUUCUCUCUCUUUUCUCAUAUUUAUAUCCUCUCUCUCUUUUCAGUCAUAUUUCCCCUCUAUCUUCUUGUACUUCUUUCUACCAUCUUUACUUUUGUCUGCUUUCUCUUUUCUCACCCUCACAUCUUUUCUCUAUCUUUUCACUCAUAUUUCCCACUCUCUCACCAUUUUCUACUUCUUUCUACCACCUUCAUUUUUACCUUCUUAGUCUCUCUCUCUCUCUCUCUAAAUACUUUUCCUCCUUUCUUUCUAUCUUUAUUCUUUCCUUUUCCUUUUUCUCAAACUUUGCACUUUCUCCUCUCUCACCUUUUAUCCCUCAUUCUAUACCCCACUUUUUACCUCUUCACUACUUCAAGAGAUCCCAUCCAUCAUUUCUUUCUAUCUUAUUCUUCUUCUUAUAUUUACUUGCCCUACCCCUAUCCUUAUUUCUUUUUAUCCUUUUAUAUCAACUUUACCAUUUUCAGCAUCUUUUCUUUUCUAUUUUUUUCUUUAUUGAUAAUGCAACCAAGACAAAAUAUGUGCCACGCUCCAUUGUCCAAUCCUCUGGCUUGA